UCUAUCUCUAGUGUUUACAUAGGCUAUAACGGGAGCUCUGUUAUCCGUAUCGUUCCUAAGGUUGUAAAUGUAAUUGUCAUGUAUUGCUAUCGUUCUUGUGCCUGAAAAUGAACUGGUUUGUUGAUGAAUUGACAGGGAUGUUAUGGCAUACUGUCUUUAAAAGGUAGCUUCACAGUAUCGAAGAGCAAGGUUUGUCAAACUGAGGGGCUGAUGGUGUCAUUGGCUGAGACGGAUUACUCUGUAUUUGGUGGUUCCGUUCAUGGAAAGCUUAUAGCUGCAACGCCCAUUCAGGUUGUAGUGGGGAGAUUCACGAAUGCCAAGGGUGACGGUGGCAGUGGCGGUGGCGGUGGCAGAGGCAGAGGCAUAGGCAAAGGUAGAAGGAGAGGCAGGGGCAGGGGCAGGGGCAGAGGAAGAGGCUCCUCAUCUGAUCCACCUCGUUCUGAUUUAAGAGCUCCCUCUAAACGGGGCAGUGGAAGCAGAGGCGGAGGCUCCUCGUCUAAUCUACCGUCUGGAGGCGUAGGCGGAGGCUCCCUCUCUAAUCCACUUUCAAGUGAUUCUGGUGAUUUUGACCCUUCACAGUACAUCAGUCAACCCUUCUCACCUAAUCCACCUUCCAGUGUUGGAACUCACUUUGCAUCGAGCAACGGAAGCAAAGGCUCCUCAUCUAAACCACCUUCCCAUUUCGCAGGCGGGGGCUCCUCAUCUAACCAACCCUGCAAUGAAGCUCCCUUCUUCAGAUUUUUAUAGUGAUUCUGGUGAUGAAUGAUGAUACUCCUGUGCCGUUGACUCCAUCAAAAUGUAAGCAAAACGCUAACAUACAGAGCUUUACUCUACUUGUUUUACAAUGUAAGCAAAUCAUCCAUCACAGAUACAUAGCAUUUUCUUUUACUAGUUGUUUCGAUUGUAGCAAAAUGCUAUACUUUUCUCAUUCAGAUAUAUCAUCAAGUGUCAAUAAUACUUA